GUUCAUCCUCUUCUUCCUCGGCAGGCUACACGUAGAUGCCAAUUGGAUGAAUAUGAGCACCCGUCAUGUGGACAUUCCCCACAGAAACACCGCCACAGAAAGUCAAUGGGCGACUCGGUUCAAAGAAAACGAAGACUGGCUGCUUGACGUGUCGGAAGCAUCGGGUCAAGUGCGACGAGCAAAGGCCAUUGUGCAAGAGAUGCAGAAGGCUGAAACUUCAUUGUGCCGGAUAUCAAGAUCUAUUUAGAAUCUUUGGCAUCUCGCGACAGGGGUCCGCAUAUCCAGCUAGCAAGCCGAACCGACCAGCUGCGAAUCCUGAUCGUCAACUCAGCAUCUUUCCAGGGAGUGACGAGGAGCGUCGAUUAUUUGAACUUUUCCGCACAAGUGUCGUCUUUCAGCUCAGCGGAUUUCUAGAUGAAGACUUUUGGAUCACGACGCUUUUGCAAGUCUCCCACUUGGUGUCAUUGGUCCGUGAUUCGGCGAUUGCCAUUGCAGCACACAUCGCAGAACACCACAGACAUUUCAGAACAACAACGCCUCAACAAUCUCGGAAUAUCUCACUGAAAUACUAUCAAAAAGCACUUCACAGGGCAAAUUGGCAUACAGAAUCCGCUGACAAGGAGCUUGUGGCUGUAAUAUGUUGUCCCCUCUUUCUGUGUUUGGAAUUUCUGCAAGGAAAAAAACUGCAGGCCAUGUCCCUUUUUGCGCGUGGUCAUUGUCUUAUGAAGACUUUUCAAGAGCGACACGCCCGAAACUUUGCUGUAUCUGGCUGCGCAGCUAUCUACGAUAGUCUUCGCCCAAUGUACAACAGACUUACUAUGAUGGCAAAGCUAUUCGGGCACAGUCUCCCAGUGGACUAUUCUGAUCUGGCUUUUCUCCUUGGCUCAAACCCAACAAUUUACACUGUUAACACUCUCAAAGACGCUCGUGAUUGCCUUUUUCAGCAUUUGGUCAUCGCACACGAAUUUGUUAAGCGCCUGAACUCUACAACCUGUGCGCCACUUGCGAUGCACAAACACCAUCUGCAUAGACAGGAGGAGCUUCUCAGCCAGCUGGAUGUUUGGAAUAGUAACUUCAAUCACAUAUGUGGGAGUCUUGCCGUGUCGGUCCGUGCUGCUGUCGCAACGCUAAGCAUGUGGCAUACUGCUGCAGUAAUCUGGUUGAGACAUCCUUUUGAGGGUUUCGAGAUGACCUUUGACGAGAGCCUGGACUGUUUUCAGAUCAUCGUCGAGAAGGCUAAGGAGGCUCUUACUACUAAACAAAAUGUUCAAGACACAUUCGCAUUUGGAAUGGGAGUAUUGCCGCCAUUGUAUUUCACAAGCCUGAAAUGUCGACACUUCUUCUUACGAAAAGAGGCACUACGACUGAUGAGACAAUGUCCAAAGAUGGAAGGGCUUUGGGACAGGGACGAAUUGAUAACGGUUGCAUCCCAUGCAUUUGCGCUAGAAACAUCAGCUCAAUCAGAGAUCACUUCCUUACCAGCGGAGCACCAGCGUUUGAUCAAGGUGAAGAUUCUCCAGGGGGACGCCGCUCGAAGACUCCAGUCUGCAUUCAUUUUCAGAGAACACAAGGUCGAACAAGCCUGGAAUAAAAUUAUACAAUAG